AUGGAUAGCAUAAAGCUCUUCGAAUUCAUUCAGAGUGAGGAAGACGAUAACAAAAUCCUCGAGCAACUUAAGAAGCAUGCUGGCAAAGGCAGAGAAUUACCAUGGUUUCAGGACGUGAUUCCAGGACUGAUACCAGGUGUCGAAGACAGCCAGCGAUGGCUAGAUCUUGCACGGCAGUUGCUGUGGAAAGAUUCCCAUUAUGAAGAGCACGAAAAGAAGAUCAAUCGCAUGACGAAGUUGCGACAACCCGAUCCUGUGCUGAUACCAGACCCCUAUUGUCUUCAGAAAUGUUGGCCAGUCUUCGUCGAAGCCUUACGACCGAUGCCGAAGAGGAUGUUAGUAGCGGCGAAUGAGAUCUACCGUAUAGUAGCCGGACAAGAGUGCUUGGUUGAGGACCGCAAUGUAGCUGGACUCACUAGUGAGAUUGACGACAGGCACUCCGCUUUCGUGACCGUUGCAGUGGUCGUGCAAGACAAAAUCGUGAGUCCUAUCAUUGACGAUAUCAAGUGGCGACAGCAAAACCUCGAUGAAGAUAUUCGUCGCGCGCACGAUCAGAUACGAGAGCUUGUAGAGGGAGAUGGACAUAAGGGACACCACCACGAUGGUGACGAGCGAACAACCGACGAAAACGACGAAAACAACAAAAACGAAGACGACUUCGCGGAUGACGAAGACAUCAAAAGUCCUAGUGAUGGUGAAGACGAUGUACAAGCUGUGCAACAACGAUUAGAUCGUCUCAUCAAAGAGAAACAGGAAACUCAAGUGCUAUACAAGGCUCUCAGGAAAUUCCGAGAUAUGCUUGUAGAAGAGAGGGAGAUACGGGACUCCCGCAAGGACUUAAAGAGAUCCUUGUUAAUUGAACUGUCAGACUCCGACGAAGACAUGCCAAAGAAGCGCGGCAAACAGAGGUUGACAGCGAAAUGAUCGAUACACGCUGUUAUUGUUGAGACAAGGAGCUGCUUGAAGAUAUGGAAAUCGAAUAAAUAGACUAUCAAUACCGAUUGUAGAGCUGUGAUGUAU